GCAUUGGCUGGCUCGAUCUUAACGCAUUUUGCAUCGGAAGCACUUUUCACUUUGAUAACAUGACUGCUGUAGCGAAUGGCGGUGAAUCGACUGUCACUUUCUGCGGAUUAGGACUGAAGCUUGACAAGGCGGAGGAUUCUGAUGCAAUAGUUUCUGAAAUUAGAAAGAAUCAAGGAAUGUCAGUUCUUAGUUUGGGUGGUAACACCCUUGGAGUCGCUGCUGCCAAACCAAUCGGAUCAGCUUUGUGCAAAUGCUCCUCCUUAAAACGUUGCAUCCUCAAUGAUCUUUUCACAGGUCGCCUUAAAACAGAAAUUGCUCCCGCUCUCCAACACCUUAGUGCUGGUAUUAUAGCAUCGGGCGCGAAGUUGGUUGAAUUAGACUUGUCCGACAACGCCUUUGGACCCAAUGGAGUUGUAGGCGUGGUCGAAUUACUCGCCAGCCCGGCUUGUUUCACACUUCAGAUUUUACGUAUGAACAACCAAGGCCUGGGGCACGAUGGCUGCCGCUAUCUCACUAAAGCACUUCAGGAUGGCCGAGAAGCAUGUCGUAAACGCGGGCUCUUGUUAAAGGUGUUCUCUGGUGGUCGAAAUCGUUUGGAAAACGUCGGCAUACAAAUGCUUUCAGAGGUUCUCGCAGACAUGGGAACUUUGGAAGAGAUCUCUUUGUAUCAGAACGGAAUCGGUAUACAUGGAGUUGAUGGGGUCUACUCUUUGGUGAAUAUCCUCAAGCGGAAUCGAAAUCUCCGUCUAGUCAACAUUUCAGACAACAAUAUAACUCCGAAGGGUGGUGAAGCGAUAGCCAAGGCAUUGAGGACACUGGAGAACCUUGAAGAGCUGUACUUAAACGACUGUAUCCUUCGUUCAACCGGAUGCCAAUCGUUAUCAAGCGUCCUAGGCGAUCCGGAUGUAACGCCGAAUCUUCGCGUUCUGAACUUAACCGGAAAUGAGAUCAAUCGUAGCGCUGCUAUCAGUCUCAUCCUGUCUCUCGGCAGCAAAACCAGAUUGGAGGCACUUGAUUUGAAUGCGAAUGAGUUCGGUAAAGCUGGCAUACAGGCUAUCCUUUCCACUUUGGAAUCGGUCGGUCUAUCACACACCCUGCCCAAAUCAGGCAAUGGAUCUCGGACUGAGGAUUCAGUUUGUGGCGAAUCUUACAUAGGCGCAUUUGACGAUGAUCAAGGUUCUGCCACGGAAGAAGAGGGUGAAGGGGAGGAAGAAGAAAAUGACACCGGGGAACGUCGAAGGAACGGCAGCGUCGAUAGUGAAGAGGAGGAGGAAGAAGAGUACGGUUAUGAUCACGGGGAGAGCGAAUAUGAUGCGGAUGCUUCUUUCAAUACCGUUGAAGAGCACCCUAUUUCAAAGCCUGAUGCUACCUUCAGUUUUCGUGAGCUACAUGCUGCUUUAGGUAGAGAAGCAUGUACCGUUUCUGCCUCACAGCAGCCCACGGCACCACCUAAACCGGGUCCAUUCGGUGGGGGGUUGUUUUCUAUAUUCACGAAAGACCAAACAGAUGCCGACGCCAUCCGCUCCAAAUUCAAUUUCUCAUCUCCGGCGAUGGGACUCUUCGCCCCACCUGCAAACUCCAGACCAACUUCAACCCCGAGCACCUUGUUUUCACCCUCACUUUUAUCCUCGGCUCUCCCAAAUGGAGGUGCUACUACUGUCCAACUCCAUACCGAGUCAGCUGACCUCAGUGAGCUGACAUCUCAAUUGCGGCUCUGUUUGCACUCCAAGGACACAUCCUCUAUCGAUCGUCUAAUUAGCUUGAUCGGUAAAGUUGCUCCUUCGGAGCGCUCUUUCCCUCAUGCGAAAAUUCGGACAUGCGUACAGUUCGCUUCACUCGAAGAUGUGGUUCGUCUGGGCCUUCGGUUGAGUUGCCGUCUCCCAUAUCCACUCCCCCUACCCGGUGACUCUCUUUCUCACGUGGCUGUCGGUCUUUUGGCCUCUGCUCUGGCCCGAAAUUCGGCUGAGAAAACGACGGCCGAACAAAUGGAUAGUCAGACAAAUCAGGCUGUGACCUGCUUGUUGGUGCACCUAGGUGCAAUCAAACCGGAGAAGGAAAGUGACGACUACCAUUUUCUUACGUCUGAGAGCCCUACUGCGCGCAGUCUACGUCACACAAAGCAUCUGCAUGUUACUCGUCAGGUGUUUCGUACCUACAAAUCACAGUUCUCGCCGUAUGUGUGCAGCUGUCUGUCAUUGCUGCUAUCGGAGCAACAGAACAAAGAAAACCGCUCUGAUGCAGCUCCUUCUGAUAAUCAAGCUAGCAAGUUAAGAGACGAGCUCCUCACUGACCUGGAGGACCUGCUGACAAACGUGCACAUUUAACAGUCUCUUACCGGGUCUGAUCUUACCACUUCUCAUACACCCAGUGUUCAUUUCGAAAGAUUCCUGCUUGUACAUGAAUAUUAUAUGCUUCUUUUUCUCAGCAUGAAUCUCCAACUCCUCAGAUUCGAUUAUGCAUCUUUGUAUGCUGCCAAUUGCCAGAGAUCCAAGAUAAUUUUAUGGCUUUUA